AGAAAUCGGUUCUAUCACCUAAAUUAUUCCUGCAGCAUCAAGAAUUCUCCUAUCAAUUCUGCAAUUUAAGAACUCGUUUCCAUCACCGUUUCCAGAUUGCCAAAUACAGCUUAUACUUCUCCAUCAUUCCAAAAAAUGAUUGCUGCACUUCUGGGCUACCUUGGAUAUCUCGUCAUGGCUACUUACUUCCUCUAUUCUUGCCAUCUUUUCAUAACCAGCAGGGGCGUACCUAAGUCCUGGCCAUUGAUUGGGAUGACCCCAGCAAUGCUUCUCAACUUCCAUCGCUUGCUAGACCGAGUUACAGAGAUCUUGGAGAAAAGCAAGGGCACAUUUUUAUACAGAGGAUUUUGGUUUACCAACACAGACUUCCUAGCCACCAGUGACCCCCAAAAUUUCCAUGAGUUAGUGAAUGGAAUUAUUCCGCGCCAGAUAGAGAAAGGCCUUAUCCCCAUAUUGGAGCAUGUUGCUGAACAAGGGCUGGUGGUGAAUUUGCAAGAGUUGUUCAUGAGGCAAUCAUUUGAUCUUGCAACUAUUAUAGUUUAUGGCUAUAACCCCAAGUCUCUCUCUAUUGGGUUCCCAGAGAUUCAACAACUCAACUAUGGGGAUAAUCGUGAAUACCAGAGUUUCAGUUUUUUGAAGUACUUGACUAGAGAGGAGGUGACGAAUAAACUUAUGAGGGACUACAGUGCAAAUAUGAUAUUGGCAUUUGAAGAUACUAACAGCACAGUUCUUACUUGGUUCUUCUGGAUCCUUUCAAAGAAUCCUAUGGCUGAAAAGAAAAUCGAAGAAGAGCUUACUAGAAACUUGUUAGUUGAAGGAGGAGAUCUACAAAUCUUGAAAGAGAUAAAUAAGCUGGUAUAUCUUCAUGCAGCAUUAUGUGAAACCCUUAGAUUCUUCCCUCCAGUUCCUUAUGAGUUCAGGACACCAACACGAAGUGACACUCUUCCAAGUGGGCAUUGUGUCAAUGAGAAAACGAGGAUUUUGGUCUGUACAUAUGCAAUGGGAAGGAUGACAUCGGUGUGGGGAGAGGACUGUCAUGAGUUCAAGCCAGAGAGAUGGAUCACCGGGGAAGGAAAAAUUAAACGCGAGCCUCCAAGCAAGUUCUUUGCCUUCAUGUCAGGACCUAGAAUGUGCAUGGGAAAAGAUCUUGCUUUUACUCUUAUGAAGGCCACGGCAGCGUCUAUAAUUCUUAACUACAAGUUGGAGGUGAUUCCAGGGCAGAAUGUAAGCCCCAGGCCUAGUGUGUUACUCCACAUGAAGCACGGUGUGAUGGCUAGGAUUAAGAGUAGACGAGUUUGAGGUUCUUAGUUUUCUCUUGAAUGGAAAGUAUAUCUUUCAAUUAAUAUUUGUGUGCAUGUAGCAGACGGUCUUUGUUUUGCUCUCUUUGUACUUUCGCUUGAGUUGUCCUUCUUCAAGUGUUGUGUGUUGAUGUUUUUAUAAGGGAUAUUAAUUGGUGUAUUCUUUAACUUAAUGCACUUUAUAAUAAAUUUAUUAAAAAAUU